AUGGCUACCCAAGCCCACUGCGCAUACUGCUUUGAAAGCCUAUCUGCAAGCCUCGAAAAGAGACCAGCUCUCUCCUUCCGUCAGGUGGAAGCGCUAUGGAAGAAGUACAACACCGACCCCACCACGACGGAACCCAGCGACGAGGUCUCAGUCCCAGAAGACUCUGAAACCGACUCAUCCUCGUUCUCACCCGCCCCAGUAGACGCUUCCUACAAGCCUGCCGCCAUAUCGCGCCUCCUUGUGCCCUCGCCCUCUACAGCAAGCUCCUCAAGUUUACAGAGCGCGAGUUCAACACCAAGCGGGAUUAGCGAAGCGAGUAGCGCGACAAGCAAGAGUAGCAGUCGGAGUAGUUUCUUCUCGCGGCUGCAGAAGGCGGAGCAAGAGACUGUGGAGGAUCACCCGCUGUUCGUGACCUGGAACACUGUGACGAAGAGCGGGGAGAAACGGCUGAGGGGGUGUAUCGGCACGUUUGAAGCGCAGGAGUUGGAUGAGGGGUUGAGGAGUUAUGCUCUGACUUCUGCCUUUGACGACACGCGUUUCUCCCCCAUCACGGCCCGUGAACUUCCCACCCUCGAAUGCGCUGUAACCCUCCUCACCAACUUCGAGCCCGCCUCCUCUCCUCUCGACUGGACCAUCGGCACACACGGCUUGCGCAUAUCCUUCAGUUACCAUGGCCGCCGCUACGGAUCUACCUACCUCCCGGAUGUUGCGCGGGAGCAAGGGUGGACCAAGGAGGAAACGCUGGUGAGCUUGAUGCGGAAGGCAGGAUGGAGUGGACGAAAGGAUGAUUGGCGCAAAGUCGAGUUGAACGUUGUGCGGUAUCAGGGGAAGAAGGUUGCGCUAGGGCAUAGAGAGUGGCAGGAGUGGAGGGACUGGGCUGACGAGGAGAUGGCUGACUGCUAG